AAAAAAAAAAAAAAAAAUCCCUCGCUCCCCAUCUUCCUCUCGGCGAAUGCGGUUCUGAUGGAUUCAAAGUUCCGCAGGCGCACCAGAACGGCCACCACCUCUACCGCUCUACGGCGGGCCGCCGCCGCGCACCACCCCCAACUCUACGUCGGCCCCUCCUACUCCUUCCUCCCAAACCCUAAUCUUAACCCUAAACCGAUCCUCGCGCACGAUAAUUCCGCCUCCUCCGUCGAUCCUGGGGCCUUCCGGGUGCCGCGCGGGGACCCUUCUGCUGCGCACGGCGACGGCUACGAUGGCUACCUUGCCCAUCCUACCCCUAUAUCCAAGCGGCUUUGGCGGCGGCGGCGCCUGGUGUGGAUUCGACGUCUUACUAUUUAUGGGGACGGAAGAGGGGAGGCACAGGGCUUUUCGGUUCGCCAUUAUGGAGCUGUGAGGAAGGCUGUUAGUACCAAGAAAACCUUUGAAAACUUGGAUACAAAGAAGCAGAAGCUUAUUCUGGGAGGUGUAGCUGCUGAUUCUGCAGUAGUUUGCAUGGUGUGCAACGUUGUCUGCAAUAGUAAAAGGGUUUUGCUUCACUUCUUGUAGGAGAAAAGCAUGCCAUAAGAUAAAACAGAUGCUUAUCAUUGACCCUGACCAUGAUUGUUAUUUUACAUGCCUUUUGUGUAUUUGUGUCUUCAAGAAUGCAUCCUGAAUUUUGAGGAGGCUUGAGGGGGGUUUCAAUAUACUCAUUUGAAUUGAUGAGUGAAUAGAAUGUUAUAGGAUUUACCUUCUCAUCUCUGGCACUUGCUAUCCAUGUCAAUUGUAUACUUAAUGCAGUUUCUGCUGUGGUUCUAUAUCUUAUAUUUAUAUUAUGCUGAUAUAAAUGUCUGGCGAUGUGGGCAUUUGUUGGUGUAUUCAUCCUCAUCUCUGUUAUGUACUGAAUCAGCCGCCACCUGCCUAUGUUCAUGAACUGAUAUAUGUUAUGCAAUUAUUUAUGUAUAAAUGUGGCUUAAGAUCGAUGAAACAAAACUGCAAAUUGUCUUAUGUUCAGCUGUUUUUGAUAAGCUAAACAUGUUAAAGGAAUAUGUGGAUAUGAUACAGAACUCGUUAAUUCUAUGUUUAAUUGGCAUAGGGUGUAAAAUAUAGGGAAUCUGCUUCGUGUAGAAAUCUGUAUUAGCUCAAUGGAAGUCUUUUUGUAAGAAUAUAAUAUUUAGACAGAUUAUCUAUGAAUGGUAUUCAGAAUACAUAUGAACUGGGUUUUCCCUAGAAUCCUUAUCGGCUUUCAGUUGAGUUGUUUUGGUAACUAAACCCAGGUCCAUGGCUUAAGUAGCAGGUAAUGGUAUUUUGUGACAGUAUUAAAAGCAAAAAACAUGAGUCAAUAUAGAUGCCUUCCUCACUAGUAAUAAAUUUAUCUCUCUGUUGGAAGAGUUUACUAUUAUCUCCAGCAUUGACGCUUGUAUACAUAUGUGAUUGUUCUUUCAUAUAAUUGUUUUCGACAUGUGCAUGGUCCCAUGUGUAAAUAUUUUCAUGUCUUUGUAUGCGUGUAUGUCUGUAUGUAUCAAAUAAUCAUUAUCAGCAAUUAACUAUGCUUUUUCUUCCUGCAACUUGAGCUUUGAUGUUACCUUUUCUUUUGAUGUAUGCCUCUAUGCAUAUAAUUGUAUGUAUAUGUAGAAACAUGACUACUGUGUGAACUUUUUAUAUCCAUAUCACAUUUUUAUUUAGUUUAUAAUGUUUAAAUGCAUAUAUAUCGCAUUCAACGUUAGUAUUACAUUAGUCGUUUACAGUGUCGGUGGUAGUACCAUGGUAGCCAUUUCCAUGUUUCAAAGUGAUCCAUUUUGUUCUGUCUUAUAUAAGCUAUUGUUCCUUUUGAGUUGAUUUU